AUAAAUGAUCGAUUUGCACUAUCAAAACGCGCAAGAUUUUUGAAAAAAAGGGGGCGAGUAUGGACCGCCCCGGUUUGGCCCCCCGCUGAACCGUGUCGAAAAACCAAGAUGAAGGCAUUUACCGAGCGAGAAACGGUUUGAGUUGAAGACAUGAGAUCUCUAUUAUUACCCUAUCAUCCGUCUGAAAUGCUUCGGCAACAACGACAAAUUCAGAUGAACUGGAUCUCAUACUACUUGGGCAACCAUCCACGCUGUGUUCUAUUUUCAGUAUUUUGUGUGCUCAUUCCAUUGCUCAGCUACUUUGUGAUAUAUCCGCUGGAAAUCGAAUGUGAUAUACGAAGAGGAUUCGCGAACAAGCAUGGUCACGCAGUUGAGGAACUUACGAAGUUUUCCAACUUCUACAACAUCUCAGUCGGCGGCCUCGAAAUCUGGGGAGUUCUGGCACGAAACAAGACGACUGAUACAGACCUGCAUAUAAAUCUGAAACUACUAAACGAAAUAGACCAACUUCAUCAAUUUGUAUGGAACUAUACAACACAAUACAAGCAAGAGACAAUCCGGUUCAAAGAUCUCUCAUCAGAAGAUAUCAAUUAUGUCUUCAACUAUUAUCGGAAACUACUUGCAAUCGAAUGGAUGCCUGGGGUCAAUCUAUCGUAUCCUCUGGCAGAAGCUUUUGGACAUCCAUUUUACCUUGGAAAUCAGUUUUUUGGAGUCAACAAUGGUCAGGCAUCAAAGGCUGGCCCAAUCAAAACUGCAAAAUUCGUUGCUCUCUGGUACAUGAGCAAGGCGGAAACUUUCGAACAGAAACAAAAACUUCAAGCCGUACAACUCGGGAUCUUCAAAAAAUCUGCCGAACGACCCAACAAUUUGCAAUUCGAUUUUGAAAUGUUUGGCGAUCAAGUUGCCAACUCUGAAAUGCUACGUGGAACCUUGACUACUGUAAAACUAUUUUUCAUUGGUGGAUGUCUGAUGGUGGCAUUUAUGGCAUGCACAUUCACAGAGCUCACUAUUUUCUCAAAAUGUAUGUUGAUUGCUGGAGCCAUUGGAUCGCCACUAGCAGCUACCGGUGCAUGUUUUGCAAUUCUUGGAUGGGUUGGACAUCCAUUCAAUUCCAUUAUGUGCAUUACUCCAUUCCUGAUUCUUGGAAUUGGAGUUGAUGAUGCAUUCCUUCUCCUUAAUUGUUGGCGUCGUGAAGAAGGUAAAGAUAAAUCUGCGAAACAAGCUGAAAAUCAAUUGGCUCGAGUGAUUCGGGAAAUUUCUCCGUCAAUGGCAAUAACUUCAUUGACUAAUACAAUGGCAUUUGGAGUUGGAUUCCUGGCACCGACUCCUCAAAUGAGCUCAUUUUGUCUUGGAACUGCUCUCGCAAUUGUGUUGGAUUUUCUCCUCGAGUUUUUGAUAUUUGUCCCAUGUAUGGUACUUUUCUAUAAGAAAAAGCCAGAGAUUAUCGCUAUUGAAAACGAAGAAUUUGCGAAUGAGAAAACCGAGAAACGAAGUGAAACUUCUACGGGAAAAUAUUCCCGAAUCAACUGGAAAUGCUUCACGAACUUGCUUCUUUCUGUACCCGGUCGUGUCCUCGUAAUUAUUCUAUAUUUUUCGAUUUUCACUGCGUCGUAUUUCGGAGUUGCUAAAAUGGAGAAAACAUUUGAUCCAUCAAAGACUUUCCCAUCGGAUUCGAAGCUUGUGGAUUCGCUCGCAAGUUUUACAUCUAUUCAAGUAGAGUACUCGCCACUAAAUUUCCUAUCAAGCGUCCCUGAUCUCAAGAAUGAUACCGAUGUUGCGAACUUUAACGAAAUGCUUCACAAGCUGGAGUUUCGAGAGGAAUGUUAUGGAGAUGUUGGAAGUCAUAAUAUGUAUAGAGAUUACGUUCAAUUCUUGAACUAUUCCAAUAUCACCGACAAGAGUUAUAACCAUUUGGAAAAGUUUUUGAAAGGAAGAGGAAUGGCCGAUGUGGGGACUAUCAAAUAUCAUAAGGAGGGAAACGACACAAUCAUAGAUAUGAUUAACUUUGUGGUUGUGUGCCAGGGUCGGGAAAAGUGGGCGGAACGAGCUGUUAAUGUGGAAAAAACGCGGCAGAUUCUUGUGGAUUAUUCAGACUAUAACAUCACACUUUUCGAUUAUGAUGGAACGAUUUAUGAUUUGAUUAUUACUGUUAAAGGCGAGCUCGUCAAAUCCCUGGCAAUUACAUUCACCUGUAUGACCAUUGCUUGCUUCGUUAUAAUGCCUUCGUUUGUGGCGCCAACCAUUGCCUCUGUAGCCACUGUUUCUAUUUCCUUCUGCCUAAUCGGUUUCCUCUCUAUUUGGGGUCAAAACUUGGAUCCUGUAACAAUGAUUGAUGUGAUAAUGGCGAUUGGAUUCUCUGUCGAUUAUAGUGCUCAUGUCUGUUAUCAUUAUUAUUGUGCAAGGGAGCAACACCUAGGAUCCAAGCAUGAAGUGAUAACAAGUGUCCUACAAGCUGUUGGAAGGCCCGUUGUAGAGGCAUCCCUGACAACAUUACUCUGCAUGGCCCCAUUGUUCGUCGUACCCGUUUAUAUGAUCCAAUCGUUUGCAAAAACCGUAACCCUGGUAACCAGUUUCGGGCUUCUACACGGUCUCUUUUUCCUGCCAGUUGUUCUUUAUUUCAUUCCUCUAAAUGCUCAAAAACACUCACUUCCCAGUUACACGCCAAGUACUCAACCACUUGUAUCUCUCGUGGAAGACGAAAAGUGAGGAGUUUUGGUUUUUAACGUUUUUUUUUCUAAAAUUUUUGUUGUGUAGAAAUAUAGGAAACUGUGCGGGUGAGAAUCUAUUUUUUAAUCCUGGAUAUUCAACCGUGCAGGUUAUUCAGUUUUCUCAGUGCUAUUCAGUCGCUCUGAGCAGGCCCAAAAAUGCCUGCCUGCCUGCCUGCCUACGAGCCAGGCGUAACCUCGAUAAAAGUAGGCAUAGGUAGCCUUUGGUGCAAACCAUGAAUUUCUUAUAGGCGCCCAGGCAGGCAUUUAUGUGCCUACAUUGAAGGCUUUGUUCUCUUUGAACUUUUGUACAUAUUUUUCGGUUUUAGAUCUUCUUUUUUUUGUAGCCCGGUGCCUCAUAGUUGUACCAGUAACUUUCUAGAAAAAUUAAAAAUUAUUUUAACUCAAAAAUUUUACGUUCUUGGUGUCUUAAAAAUUGACUUCUAAUGAUUUUUUCUUCACAAAAUUUUUGACAAUUUUCCAAAAAUCUUCUGCUAAUAUAUUUAAAGUUCUCUAAAAAGUUACUGCUACCCUUUUCCCCCUCUCUUUCUCAGCCAUUCUCCAUAACGCGUAGCUUUCCGAAUUCCCCUUCCCUUAUCGUCUGUCAAACACCUCAUAUGGUACUGUGUGUGUAAAUACUAGAGAUCCCCUCUGUCUUUUUUAUUUCUUUUUCCGUUAAUAAUAUUAAUAAAAUCCAUACGUA